UUUCUGAUUUUGUUGCGUUUACUCACAGUUGCACUAAUUUGUGAAAGGUCCGUUUAGCUGUUGAACUUAUAGAUUUCUGCUCUUAAAUGCCGACUGAAAUCAGCAUUUAAGUACAGCGAAUAUAAACUGUAAUACCAAUUUUAUUGGUUAAGAGCAAAUUUUGUGAACUAAAUAGAAAUAAUAAAAAUAUAAUAUACAGAGUAUACACAUUUUUUUUAAAUUUGGUUUGACGAUUUCACUUUGUUGUUCGUACAAACUUUUUUUUUUUUUUUUAUUAAAUACAAUUUAGAAAUAAAUUCAUUGUGAAUUAAAGGGGACUUUCUGGAGGCUGGGGGCAGCUCAGCUCAGCUCAGCUCGGCUCGGCUCGGCUCGGCUCGGCUCGGCUCGGGAAGCAGCAGUCCUGGGGCUGGGUGGCAUCAGAAGACGCACCGUCAUUGUUGAGCUACCGGUGGAGAGCGUCUGUGUUUGCCCUCUUCAUUAGACAUUCCAGUGUCAUGUCGGCAGAAUAAAUAAAAAGGAGCGGAGGUCAAAGGGAGCGAGCGGCGUUUAAAUGUGUUUUAACAGCCAGUUAAAGCUGCGGACGCUUUCUGUCGCUUUCCAAAUGAUGGAAAUGAGCCUGGAAAGUUUGCAGAGCUGGGAGUAAUCCCGAGUUAAAAGAGGGGGAGACUCUCCGGAUAGUGUAAGUAAGCAACCACGGGCCAGAUUUUACUACUUCAUCCAAGAUACCAUCUUAAUUCACCGAUAUAUUCUGUUUUAUGAUAUUUUAGACUAGGUUAGCUUAGCUUUAUUUGUCACGUGCACUUUAUACACAGUACAGUGAAAUGUCAAAAAGAAAGGGGGGGGGGGGGGGGGAACUAAAACAAGAGCAAUAAUAAAUAACAAAAAAGAUAAGAAGUAUUAAUAUUAAAAAGAUAAUUUAAGCCUCAGAAUUGAGCAAACGAAUGUCCAGGUCCAGGUGGACGGUCGCAUUUUGAGGAUCAACCUGUGGAUUAAUGUAGUGAAGUGGGAUUAGUGGAGCCGCUCCGUGAGCCCAACACACCCCCGCUGAAUCUGACGCCUCGGUUACAGCAGGCAGCAGGUCUCAAACGCCACACAGCUGCUGCUAAAAAGCACACUUUGCUAACAGAACACGGUCGUGUUAGGACUGAAUGAAAGGUUAACGAGACAAUAAUCCACAAACCAACCAAGAAUCUGUGAUUUGGACGGCCCACGGUGAUUAAAGCAUCUGUUGGCCAGGCGGGACUUAAAAGGCCACCAAAUAAGAUGAUUUAGGAACAUCAAGGCUUUUCCCCAGCGGUAAUGAUUACAUUUGGACUUAAGAUCCAUGCAAGAAUUUGUUGCGCAGUAAAUCUCCUUGAGUCGCCAACCCCCCCACCCCCAAAACCCCCAGCGCUCUUCAAAAGCCUUGUUAUUCAAAGGGUUAGGAUGUUUGACAAUCCCAGCUUGUACAACUCCCCCAAUUAAUUGGAUACGUUGUAGUAAGGAUGUUGGGUCUCUCUCAUCUGUUGCUUAGAAAGACAAAGGCUUAGCGGGGGGGUUGUUCGCACCUCCCCGUGCUGCCGGGGUAUAAAUCGAGGCUCUUCAGGUGGGUCAGGCAUUCAUUCUCACAGUGGACCUCGGAGCAGCAACUUUUUAUUUUUAUUUAAUUUUUUUAUUUCCCCCUCAGAGAGCAAAUUUGAAACAUGCAGAUACCGAACAGACCAAUGGAAACUGGCGGAUACUCCGUGCGUAAUUACGCACAGGCCUCACUAUGCGCUCAGAGCAACGGGAGCCGCUGCGCUCCGGCCGCGAAGACUCCAAGCGGGAAGUCUUUCACCAUCGAGGCUCUGCUGGCCAAGCCGGAGGAGGCGGCACCCAGAGACCGGAGCGGACCGAACCAGUGGGGGGAGAAAUACCCGCAAACCGCGCCUCCUCCGCACCUGGCCGGGUUAACGCUUCCACCGGCACAAUACCUCUAUUCACCCAACGCGUUGCAUCCCAGCGUUCACCCGCAGCCGGGAUAUUCCGUCUACUGCUACCCGCCGUUCACCUACGCACCAUCCUGCCGGGGAGCGUUUUACUCACAAGGUAAAAGAAAAAAACAAAAAACUGGAGCGACGUCGGACACGUGGAAGAUCACGUCUUCGUGUUACAGAGUCAGUAAACAUUUCCUCUCUCUUUGUUUCGCAGCUACCGUGUCCAAAGCGAACGCAGCGAUGCACCAGUUCAAGACGAAAGGCGGAAAGUCGAAACGCAUGCGCACCAGCUUCACCAGCGAGCAGCUGUCCCGGCUGGAGAAGGAGUUCGCCCGGCAGCAGUACAUGGUGGGAUCCGAGAGGUUCCUCCUGGCCUCCGCUCUGCAGCUCACUGAGGCUCAGGUCAAAGUCUGGUUCCAGAACAGACGCAUCAAGUGGCGCAAACAGAGUCUGGAGCAGCAGCAGGCCAAACUGGCCAAACUGGGACUGGCCGCUCCGCUGAAGAGUCCCGGAUCUCAGGGCCACGGAGACGAAGGCGAUGAAGACUUCUCCGACUCGGAUGUGGAUAUCGAUGUAUCCGAUGACUCGGUGGACCACUGCUGACCGUUUCAGAACAAAGACUUCCCUGUACAUAGCGCUGAGAAAGGAGACGGCUGUCUCUGACUAUGACUAUUUAAUAGAUUUAUACUUAUAUAUUUAAUUUUCUACGUUUAUUCCUCGGAGAUGAGAACGUAUCCUGUAUGGCUUUACAUCUGACAUAUUUUUAAAUAUAUUUUAGGACUUUAAUGCCAAUUCAGUUGUGUUUCUUUCUUUCUCCUCUGCCCUUCACAUCAAAAGCUCUCAAAGGAAAACAUAAAAGACAUAAUUUAAAAGUUCAAAUAGCACAUUUUGUGAAAGUCACAUAAAGCAUCUUGAGAUUCUGCCUCUCCUCAGUAAAGAUACACUCCAGUCAUUCGUUUAGAUGCACUCAUCAGGGGUCUGAAUGUCAUACUAACUUGAAAAUUUAAAUAAUUUAUUUGAACUCUUCAAUUUUGGGAGUGGAUUAAUUUUACAAUGCAGCUUUAGUCAUUUUUGCAAGCUAAUAUUGUAUGGAUAGAUGUUAAUAUACUGUGGCUUUUCUCUAAUCUACAACUCUGGAAAAAAUUAAGAGAUCGCUUAAAAUAAUCAGUUUCUCUGAUUUUACGUUUUAUAGGUAUUUGAGUAAAUUGAACAUUGUUCUUUUAUUCUAUGAACUACUGUCAACAUGUCUCCGAACUUCCAAGUGAAAAUGUAGUAUUUAUUUGCAGAAAGUGAGAAAUGGUCAAAAUCACGAAAAAGAUGCGGCGCUUUCACACCUCAAAUAAUGCAGA